CCCAGCUGUGGUCGGGGCGCUAAUGGCGCGUGCGGGAAAGCGCGUGGGCGGAUGAGGAAGUUGUUAGCCACACACACACACAUAAACACACACACGAACACACACGCAGCCGAGUGACUUUUUUCCCCCCAGCAGCAGUGGAGCAUCGUCGGGGUUUUCAUCCACUCGGAAAAGCCUAAAGAAGGGAGGAAAUAAAAACAAAAAACUGGACGCGUCGUGGCGUGGCGAAAAUGACAAUCAAGUGGGGAGACAUCUUCUUCUUACUUCUUCUCGUCCACCGUGCUCGUCCGAAGCAGCUGCCACGCGGGGACGAUGACGAGGAGCUCCACGACGACGCCGACGUCAGCCAGAUGUUGGCCCCGAGGUCACACCAGGAGGACGCCACGCGGAUUCUCAACGGGCUGCUCAAAGGUUACGACCGGACCCUCCGACCGGAUAUUGGGGUGAAGCCGACAGUGGUGGAUGUGGGCAUCUAUGUCAACAGCAUUGGGCCCGUGUCAUCCAUGGAUAUGGAGUACCAGAUCGACAUCAUCUUCGCCCAGACCUGGGUGGACACGCGCCUGCGCUACAACAGCAGCAACAUGCGGAUCCUCACCCUCAACAGCAACAUGGUGGGCUUGAUCUGGCUGCCUGACACCAUCUUUAGGAAUUCCAAGACCGCCGACUCUCACUGGAUCACGACUCCCAACCAGCUGCUACGCAUCCGCAACAACGGCAAAAUCUUGUACACGCUGAGGAUGACCAUCAACGCUGAAUGUCAGCUGCAGCUCCAUAAUUUCCCAAUGGACGAGCACUCGUGUCCUCUGGUCUUCUCCAGUUAUGGUUACCCCCGGGACGAAAUCGUGUACAAGUGGAGGCGGAACUCAGUGGAGACUUCGGACCAGAAAUACUGGCGUCUCUACCAGUUUGAUUUCAUGGGGCUCCGAAACACCACCGACGUAUUGACCACCACUGCAGGCGACUAUGUGUUGAUGACGGUGUACUUUGACCUCAGCAGAAGGAUGGGCUACUUCACCAUCCAGACCUACAUCCCCUGUAUCCUGACCGUGGUCUUGUCCUGGGUCUCCUUCUGGAUCAAGCGCGACGCCACGCCGGCGAGGACCGCUUUAGGCAUCACCACCGUGCUGACCAUGACCACGCUGAGCACAGUGGCCCGGAACUCUUUGCCCAGAGUCUCCUACGUGACGGCGAUGGACCUGUUUGUGACGGUCUGCUUCCUGUUUGUCUUCGCCGCCAUGAUCGAGUACGCCAUGAUCAACUACUGCUCCCAUACUCUACGCAGAGCCCCGUCAUCUAAGAUCCAAAAAAUGGCAUAUUCCUCCUUCAGUACGAGACGCCCGCCACAUCGGCCGAUGAUGCCCAGAGGCAACGCUCUUUUCUGGCAGGACUACGACGACGACUGCCUGGACCAGUGCCUGGACGGCAAGGAUUGCAAGAGCUUCUUCUGCUGCUACGAGGAAUGUAAAGAAGGCGGCUGGAAGAAAGGCCGCGUCCACGUCAACAUCGGCGAACUGGACUCCUACUCGCGGGUUUUCUUCCCGACGUCUUUCUUGCUCUUCAACAUUGUCUACUGGGUCAGCUACCUCUACCUCUAGACGGACUCGGAGGAGGAGAACUGGAGCCUUCGGACUGGUCACCCUGCCUGCGGCGUGGAAGACGAGAGGGACUUGAACGGGAACGGAGCGGCCCUGUUGGUGGUGGUUGGAGCCGCCCCACAGACACCUGAGUGGCACUGCGGUAUUUCAGUCCGCAGAGCACCCAUAGUGCCUUCUUUAGAAAGGGUGCAAAAGGCCAGCGUAGCGUCAUUAUUUUUAUUAGCGCAUCCAUCACUCGCCGCAUGCCGGGCUGUUUUAUCACCAGGCUGGGAGAUAUUUAAAAAGUUCACCAUUCAUCCCCGUAGCACUUUAGAAAUAGUGCCAAUGAUAAUCCAAUACGAGCAGAAGUAUUAGUUUUGCUACGAGGAGGCAAUGAAUACUGCAGAAUAGAUCUUCUGCCAAACUUGCUAUUUUUAUUAUUGGUAGUUGUAAGAGUUUCCAUGCAGUUCAUUAAAAAAAAAGAUGUGUUCUCUGGUCCCCUAGUGAAAUAUGUAAGGGAUUUCCAUACUUGCCAACCCUCCCGAUUUUCCCGAAUUUUAGUGCCCCUCCCGAAAAUCUCCCGGGGAGACCAUUUCCCCGGACUAAAAUAUUGGGGGCGUGCCAGAAAAGCACUGCCUUUAGCAUCCUCUACAACCCGAAAAGGAGACUAUUAUAUACAGUUGUGCUCAUAAGUUUACAUGCCCUGGCAGAAUUUAAGCAGGCACUUGAAGAAAAAUAGGCUGCAUGGUCAAGUGGCUAAAAAGUUAAAUUUUGGUCUCAUCACUCCAAAUUACUUUGUUCCAGAAGUUUUGAGGCUUUGUGCGGUUUGGCGUAAUGUAAGCGGGAUAUUUUGUGACAUUUGCGCAAGAAAUGGCUUCCUUCUGGCGACUCGACCAUGCAGCCCAUUUAUUUUCUUCAAGUGCCUCCUUACUAUGCAUCUUCAAACAGCCACACCACAAUUUCUCAGCGUCCUGUACUUCAGCUGAAGUUAUUUGUGGAUUUUCCUUUGCAUCUCAAAAAUUUUCCUGGCAGUUGCUGGUCUACCUGAACCCCUCAUUUCCCACUUCUUAAUCAGCGUUUGAACACUGCUGAUUGGCAUUCUAAAUUCCUUGGAUAGCUUUUUAUACCUUUUCCUGUUUUAUGCAGUUCAGUUACCUUUUCUCGCAGAUCCUUUGACAAUUUCUUUGCCUUCCCCAUGACUCAGAAUCCAGAAACAUCUGUGCAGCUGGAUGAAAACUGGAUAAAAGAUGCAAAAGUCUGUUAGAAACCUAAAAACUCACUGACCUUUUAUACACACACAUUAGUUACAAACAAACAUGUCACAGGUGAGGAUUGGAACCUUGUUUAGCCAUUCAAAGCUGUUUGUGUCAACUUUUCUGCAUGUUAUCGGAUCAAAGUUACUGGGGUAUGUAAAUUUUUGAUCAGGGUCAUUUGGGUACUUUCUUUUGUCAUUUUGAUUCAAAAAGAGUAAACACAGUUGUUUGCCAAUAAAUAGCUUCACACAACCUUUAAAGGGGAACAUUAUCACCAGACCUAUGUAAGCGUCAAUAUAUACCUUGAUGUUGCAGAAAAAAGACCAUGUAUUUUUUUAACCGAUUUCCGAACUCUAAAAGGGUGAAUUUGGCGAUUUAAAUGCCUUUCAAUAGUUCGCUGUCGGAGCAAUGACCUUUCACCCGUGACGUCACAACAUGAAGCAAUCCGCCAUUUUCUCAAACACAUUACACACACCAAUUCAAAUCAGCUCAGUUAUUUUCCGUUUUUACGACUGUUUUCCGUACCUUGGAGACAUUAUGUGUGUUGUCGGAGGUUGUAACAACACGAUCAGGGACGGAUUAAAGUUGCACAAGUGGCCAAAAGAUGCGAAAGUCCCUCGUUUGUUCUGCACACUUUACCGACGACAGCUAUGCUACGAUAGAGAUGGCAAGAAUGUGUGGAUAUCCUGCGACACUAAAAGCAGAUGCAUUUCCAACGAUAAAGUCAACGAAAUCACAAAGGUGAGUUUUGUUGAUGUUAUUGACUUAUGUGGACAUAUUUGGUCACGGCAUGACUGCAAGCUAAUCGAUGCUAACAUGCUAUUUAGGCUAGCUGUAUGUACAUAUUGCAUCAUUAUGCCUUUCCCUCCACCCACAUUUAAUGCCAAACAAACACAUACCAAUCGUUGGUUAGAAGGCGAUCGCCGAAUUCGUCCGCACUUCCUCCCUGUCGUGAUAUGGCUCAAAAGCUUCUGGUUCAUCUUUAAUUUCGUUUUCGGUACCUUCCUCCAUACUCCAAACAUCCGUUUCAAUACGUGGGUAAUCUGUUGAAUCGCUUACGGCGCUGAAAUCCGAGUCUGAAUCCGAGCUACUAUGCUAUACCUUUUUGUGCUAUCUGCCAUGUUUGAUUUUAGUGGCUUCACGCAGUGACGUCACGGGUGGAUAUAGCCAUGGUGUAAAUCAAAUACUCUGAAGCCGUUUUUCGGGAUAUUGCAUGAUAAGUAAAAUUUUGAGAAAAACUUCGAAAAAUAAAAUAAGCCACUGGGAACUGAUUUUUAUUGGUUUUAACCCUUCAAAAAUUGCAAUAAUGUUCCCCUUCAAGCAUGAGUGGAAGAAAGGAUUUUGUGUUAUCAUUCAUAUUCUCUGAAGAAUGGCCAAGAAAUCAUAAAUUCUCCCAGGGUAUGUAAACUUAUGAGCACGACUGUAUGUCUCCGUUAUCCAUAGGUUUAUCUAGAACCCAUAAAGUAGGCAGGCAUGGAGCUAUUUCUCAGCGUGUGUUUAUUCCACCCGGCACGUUAAUACACUAACACACAACAUCCGGAUUCCCAUCAUGCAUUGCUUCAAAACUACGGCAAGUAGUAAUGUCCAAAAAACAUAACAGAGACUAAACAGAAGAACGAAGACAUGGCGACGACGAGUACGGAGAAGAAGUACGCUUGCAAGUUCCAAAAUGAUUGGGACAGCUGGAAGGGGAAGAGGUAUCAUGCCUGCAAAUUUUGUAGAUCAGACUUCUCCAAUCUCCCGAAUUCGGAGGUCUCAAGGUUGGCAAGUAUGGGGAUUUCUAAAGAACUGCCAUUUGUGGGACCCUCAGCUGCCCUCUCUCGUCUGUAACACAGUCUCUACGGGUCCCAAGUAGGCCCGUCAACGGCGUUGGAAAAAUGAAUGACUGUGGAUUUGGUUUUGGCCCUCACUCGGCCUCUGCCAUGUAAAAAUCGACGCCCCGUAUGGAGACAUGUGAAGCUUAACUUUACCGUUCUGUUGUGUUUUUGCAGUUAUUUGGCAUUGUAGAACACACACUAGACUCCCAUUGGGCCCUCCUCCCAUGAGACGUGGUCCUUCUUUAGUGCGCACCUUGGUUCCUAAGGUGGAGCAACCUUUAAAUGUGGGCGUUUCCGGUCCAAAUCUGUCCUUCCGCGUAUUCUCCCAUCGAAUCAAGUAUUUUUGUUCCUACACGUUUCUAAGGCUGCAAAUAGUCCAGCUAGGGCUAGGCGAUAUGGUCAAAAAAAUCUAUCACGCUAUAGGUGUUUUAUAUCAAACGAUAUCAAUAAUUAUUGAUAUUAUUUUUUAGGACCUAUUAAAAAACGGGGCACAGGAGAAAACAAAUAUGAAAUGUUAACAUUUUUAUUUCAAAUAUAAACUUCCUCUGAUUAUAAUCCCCUCAGCUAUCAAGGCAGGAAAUGAAGGAAACGUCAACAAUUGCACGAAAACAAUGUAAACCAAAUUCUAAAAAUCCCACUGAGCACUUAACCUGAUGGUGUGGAGCGUCAUUUACAGACCACAUUGGUCUGACUACGGUCUGUUUUUAAAAAACUGGCACACUGUUGAGGUGUCUUUUCGCAUUUUAUCCACAAUAUCUUAAUUUAUACCUUCUCUUCUCCAUGCAGAGAAUCAACCGUGGGACAACGGCGCAACAUCUUGAUAGUCAAUACUG